AUGAGGUCCACGUGGCUCAACUUACGCAAGGCCGUAACCGAAAUCAACAGUUUCACGCACUUGCUGUACAGUGAAUCGGAUGAUGACGGAGCGCAGCCUCAACCAGCGACUCACUUGUCAGAGGGUGUACAACAGCUUUCCCAUGCAUUGGCAACAUCGGAUCAUCAUCAGGUGCACGGUCAAAGCGGAUUGGAAUCAGCCGAACAGCGCAUGCGUAUGAUCAAUACACUUGGGAAAGCAUCGGGUGAUAAAAGUGAUGACGUUUUGGGUGAUUUUACGACGCAACUUAUAUCACAAUAUGAGCAUGGAUUCCAGCCUGGUGGAGGAACCUUUAGCAAGUCACCACUCGUCACGGCGAGCGCAUCGAAAGAAAGUAGCCGUUCAUCGGCUUUUCAAGAUGCGGAAAGUAUGAAAAUAUUUCAGUUCGGUGAUUUUCUAAACGAGUCUGCUGACACUCCGUCGUCUGUUGCUGUAUCUUGCAGGUUGUACCUUCUAUACAAAAUGUGUCUCACCCUCGAAUCCCUGUGGAUGGAGAUUGAGGGGAGGGUGCGCGACGCUACAGGUUCGCCAAUGUUCGUUCCCCCAAUGCAGCGGCCCAGUUGUUGGCAGAAAUGCCACAGUGUUCAUAACGAACAAACCGAGAAAAUACUGUCUUGGCUGGAGCGAUCCCUUCAUACUAUGGCAGUGCUUUCGCGAACAUUAGGCAUCGAUGCCUCCCGCAUUUAUGAAGGGCCGAGCGUCCUGCUCGCAUCGGUAAAUGAACUUGAGCCCAUUGCCACCGGGGAACUAAGCCCCUCAUCGCAUUCCAGCACCGCAGGCGGGGCUCAAGAGGAAACUCCUGGGGAGUACAUGCGACUUAUAAAAUACAUAUCAAAGAUGCAGGUGUGUUUUGUGUCUUGUGGCGGAACACAAAGUGCAGGCCGAUUACGACCGAAGGGUGCAGAAGCUACAGGCUACCCAAGAUGCAGCGCUCGUGAAGGCUACGCAGUCGACAGAGCUCGAAAAACAGGUGUGCCUUGCGCGCAUUCCGACAAUUUGUCACAGGUGGAAUCACUGCAGGAGCGCAUUGAGCAAUUGGAAGGGCAGCUGGCAGAGAAGCGUGACGAAGUCAAGCAGCUCACCGAUUCCCUGCUCAGCGCCAACGCUGUGAAUACACAGCUAGUGCAGAAAAACGAGCAACUGAUUGCGACGAAUCAGCGGUUGCUAAUGACGAAGAGCGAUUUCUUGGAUAAGGAUACGGCCAACAAGAUGAUUCAACAGUACUACGAACAGGAGCGCGCUGGCAAUCAUCGCCGCGAGGAUAUAAUUCGGAUUCUAGAGAGCAUGCUUGGUAUCGAACCGCCUGCGGCUACGAGUCAAAUACCUCCAGUAGCGGACGCUCGUACCCUUGCCAACCAGUUUAUAGAAUUUCUCGAUGAGGAAACGUGA